AGGAAAAGCAAAAGGAAAAACCUUACGCUAUGUAAUUCUAAUUUUCAACAAUAAUACCUUCUCCAAAUACGCAGUGUUUGUGCGUAAGGUGAAGUGCGAAGUCGUCGUGCGAAUACGGUUAACCUGCGGUCCACACGGACAGUGUCUCAGGAGUUGCGAUGGAGGCAAUCAAAACUGAGUUCAUCCCCUCGCCGACUCCUGAGAAAAUUAUUGAACCUCCCUCUGCUACAAGUCUUCAGAAAUGUAGCGUGUGCCUGAAAAACGGCCAGUGCUUAAAAGCAUCGGAAGUUAAGACGAAUGGGAAACACAUUACAGACGUAAUCAGGCAACAUCUUGGAAUAAAAUUAGCAGAAUUUGAGCUGACAACAAUUUGCCAGCGAUGCUGGAUGCUGCUGGCGGAAUUUGAUAAAUUCUACAACAUGGUGAAUGAAGCGCACCGAGUUUUAUUGGAAACAAAUAUUGUGAACGUUCAACGGCGACCUUCGUUGAAUGAUGUUGGCGAGGAAAACAUUUGUGCGAUGGAGUUUGUAGCAAUCAAACAAGAACCACUGGACGAUGAACACCUCGAGAGCAACGACCUACAGAUAACACUGAAGAAUGAAAUAGUUGCCAGUACAUCUCAACGCAUAGCAAUAGAAACAUCCGCAAACAAUGAAGAAGACAUUGAAGUUAGUAUAUUGGAUGCAGAUGAUAAGAAAAGAUUGCUUAACUUGAGGGAAAUGUCAACGGACAACGUUGAAGAAGAAAACUCAAAACUAACAACCAACAAAAGCAGAAAAAAGAAAUACUUAACGAACACCGGUCGCACUAGUAAAUCAAAAGUAGAUGAGGAGAUUAUCAGCUUUUACAAACGCUUGGUGUGCGAAAUUUGUGAUCCAGUAAAGAUGGCCAGCGGAGAGCCACUGAUCGAGUUCGUUAACUUAAAAGAAUUAAAUCGCCAUAUGCGAAGAGCUCACGGCCAAGGUGAGGCGAUAAUAAAGUGUCCGAUUUGUGAGAAAAAGUUUAGAUCACGCGUAAAACUGGUGCAACACAAAGAAAUGCAUCUGAAUCCGGAUCAGUUCCGAUGUGAGCUGUGUGCCGAAGUUCAUCAGAAUAUAAAGGAUCACAUGCAAAACAAGCACAAGGAGCGCACCUUCUGCUGUGAGGAAUGUGGCAAGCGCUUCCCUUUUCAAACUCGAUUGAAAGCACACAUUCGUAAAAUGCACACCGUAAAGGACGUGCCCUGCGAUCAAUGUGAUAAGGCGUUCAGCAAAUACACAAUCGAAGAUCAUAAGCGCGCAGUACAUGGUGCCGGCUUCAUUUGUGAGCACUGUCCGAGGAAAUUUAAAAGUCGCUUUCAGUUGGAUAAUCAUAUGGAAGAACACAGCGUCAGCCUGAGAUCGACGAAGGUUUCCUGUGACGUGUGCGGCAUCGUGGUACGAAAUAAGUACAACUUGACGACACAUAUGAAACGAAUGCACAUGGAGCACGCGCCGGUGAGCUGUGGGUCGUGUGGAAAAGAAUUCAAAUCAAAGCGCAACCUAGAUGCCCACCUUACGAACGUUUGUACCGAUCGCAGUUUUCCGUGCACCAUCUGUGGAAAGCCGUUCAAGAAGAAGAUUAAACUUAAGGAACACAUGACGACACACACGAAAAGCCCGCUUUACCAGUGUCCAUACUGUCCCAAAACUUUCAGCUUCGAAACUCAACUGUACACGCACCGCAAGCAGGCUCAUUAUGAGCAGUGGCUCGAAAUGCAACGAAGGCGCAAGGAAGGUGUAAGAUUCCGUGUCAACCGUGUACCAAACUGA